UUUCUGGGGAAAUUUCUUGAACGCCUCAAAUGUUGAAACGGUUUAAGCGAAACAGGGAGGAGCUGGUGGUUAUUAUCGCGGAUGUGAACACAUAUUUAUGCACUUUGGUUUGACUUGACGCUGGCCGUUUGCUGAGCAGGAUGAUUGAUGUACGAGCAUGGGCAGAGUAUGUUGUGGAGUGGGCUGCCAAAGACCCCUACGGUUUCCUCACCACCGUCAUAUUGGCUCUGACCCCUCUGUUCAUCGCCAGCGCGCUGCUGUCCUGGAAACUGGCCAAGAUGAUCGAGGCACGUGACCGCGAACAAAAGAGAAAGCAGAAGCGUCAGGAAAACAUAAACAAGGCCAAGAGGAAGAAGGACUGAAUCCACCGGAGGAACGGGGGGUCGCGAUGGGGGGGUGAAGGAACCGAGCGAGCUCGUCCCAGCCCUACUGUCAACACUGGGCUGCUAUGCCUCAUGUCCAAGAGGAAGGACGCUGGCCCCUUGGACUUGACAGUGGACAGUGCUGUCCCUGUGGGACUCUGGUCAGCAGGAGCCCGGUGGUCCUCUGGUUCACUUUUUCUACAGAGAUCUCUGGUUUUAUCUGUGCAGCUGCUAAAACGUUGCAUUACAUAUUAACAUCCCUGGUCUCCUAAAUUAACCUGAUAAUAAUAAUGAUGAUGAUGAUGAUUAUUGGAAGAUGUUCUGUAUCAGUUACCAAAAUUCAAACUUUCUGAUCAAUAAAAUGUUCAUGGUUAAUAGAAUUAAAUGCCUUUUAAUAAUUGGUUCUUUUGAUUCUGUACAUCACAGAUCUGAAUGAAGAUAUACUUUGAAAAAUAUUUCUAAAUAAAUCAGAUGGAGAUAAAAUCGAGAGGAGCUUCCUGUAUGUUUUUGCUUACAGAGAUAAUUUUAUUUCUGGAUUUUUAAGGUUCUUUUACUGGGUUUUCUUUAACUGCCCUGACCACUCUUAUUUAGAUAAAAAAAAAAAGAAUUCCAUAGAAUAUCAAAAGAAACCCAUUUUUUUUCGAUAAUGAAUUAAGAGAUUAUCCCCAUUUAUGCAUCAAAAUAAAUAUCUUUAACCCUUAUCUGAAUAACAAACUAAAAGGUUUUUACUUAAAAUAAGUGUAAAAGGUGUUGGGCAGAAAACGAUGGCAUUUUUUAGUUUUGAUAUGAAUAAGGAAAUCUUACGUUUUGUGUUGGUUGACUUGUGGAACAGCAAUUAGCAGAAAAUAUUUUGAUCUCUGAUUGUGUUCUUGAGUCUUAAUUGAAUUAAACUUGGCCUGUUGUAAAAA